AUGUCUCGUGGAGCGCGUCAACCUGAAAGUCGUAUUAAAGCCAAGCGGCUGCAGUCUUCGGGUGAGAUCAAACUACGAUCUCUUCUUCAUGUACCUUCAGACGAAAUGAAAGUCUCCCCAGCAAUCAUGUGUCGACAAAAUCCCAAUCUGUCUACAUUCAAUGCAAACUUGCCCUCAGUCUAUUCCGGAUUAUCAUGUUUCGAAAUGUUCAUCCUGAUGAUGGGACUCGCAGGUCCAUCGCCCCACAGGACCAAGGCUGUUUCACUUGGACCUGCAGUAAUUUGGGUUUGCUCCGAGGUCAGGGUUGGCUCAGAUCAUGAGACCACUCUCUUCAAAUCGGGUCAAAAUGGUCACAGCCCGAGUACAGGCCGACAAAAAACAGCCGUCAUCUGCUGA